GGUCCACCAAUGAUGACGUCAUGCCAAGAGAUGAUUUGGAAGAUGGGACUUGAUUGUGUUUCUGGUGUCUUGGUUCGUACGUAGCUAGAACAAAGAGUUUACGAUAAAUGUAUCAUGAAUAAGAAAUAUACCAAAUGUAAUGGCCCUAACUACUCGUACAGCAAACUGAAAGCAGAUGACUGUGAUUCCACCGUGAGUUUCCAGGAUUCCUGUAGUUCCAACAUGCCACAGAAGGAGAAGCUGAUGAAAAGUGCCCACUACAUUGAGCUGGGAGGCAGCUAUCAGUACUGGCCCGUGCUGGUUCCCCGUGGGAUACGACUGUACACCUACGAACAGAUCCCUGUGUUUCUGAGGGACAACCCAUACAUCACAGAUGGAUACAGAGCCUACCUCCCUUCAAGGCUCUGCAUCAAAAGUCUGUUCAUCCUGUCCAAUGAGACGGUGAAUAUCUGGAGCCACCUGCUGGGCUUCCUGUUGUUCUUCACCAUGGGCAUCUACGACAUGGUGUCUGUGUUGCCCGGCACUGGGGCCUCCCGGGAGGACUACGUCAUCUACUCCAUAGGGCUCUUCUGCUUCCAGCUCUGUCUGCUGUGUUCAGUGGGCUUCCACCUGUUCUGCUGUCACCGCUCAGAGAAGACCGGUCGACGCUGGAUGGCAUUGGACUACGCUGGCAUCUUCAUUGGAACACUGGGCUGCUAUGUACCAGGAGUGUUUCACGCAUUUUACUGCAACAACUACUGGCGUCAGGUAUAUCUGGUAACGGUUCUAGCCAUGAUCCUGGCCGUCUUCUUCGCCCAGAUCCACCCCCACUACCUCAGCAAGCAGUGGCAGCAUCUUCGCUCCGUCAUGUUCUGCAGUGUGGCGGGCUACAGCGUCAUCCCGACCUUACACUGGGUCUGGCUGAAUGGGGGGUUCUCCUCAGAACUCGUCCAGGCUUUUAUUCCUCGUGUCCUGGGAAUGUAUGCGAUCGCUGCAUUGGCCUUUGUCUUCUACGUCUCAAAGGUUCCUGAACGAUAUUUCCCAGGUCAGCUGAACUAUUUGGGCUCCAGCCACCAGGUUUGGCACGUCCUGUUGGUUUUGAUGUUCUACUGGUGGCACCGGUCUGCCCUCCUGAUCUUGGACUACCGCCACACCCAUCCCUGCCCAGACCUCCACAUGCACACCUAGGACCCCUGCCCAGACCUCCACAUGCACACCUAGGACCCCUGCCCAGACCUCCACGUGCACACCUGGGACCCCUGCCCAGACCUCCACGUGCACACCUAGGACCCCUGCCCAGACCUCCACGUGCACACCUGGGACCCCUGCCCAGACCUCCACGUGCACACCUGGGACCCCUGCCCAGACCUCCACGUGCACACCUAGGACCCCUGCCCAGACCUCCACGUGCACACCUGGGACCCCUGCCCAGACCUCCACGUGCACACCUAGGACCCCUGCCCAGACCUCCACGUGCACACCUGGGACCCCUGCCCAGACCUCCACAUGCACCUAGGACCCCUGCCCAGACCUCCACGUGCACACCUGGGACCCCUGCCCAGACCUCCACGUGCACACCUGGGACCCCUGCCCAGACCUCCACGUGCACACCUGGGACCCCUGCCCAGACCUCCACGUCCACACCUGGGACCCCUGCCCAGACCUCCACGUGCACACCUGGGACCCCUGCCCAGACCUCCACGUGCACACCUAGGACCCCUGCCCAGACCUCCACGUGCACACCUGGGACCCCUGCUGCAUGGACCCAGCCAUGUCUGGAGACAGGUCAUCUUCUGGUUCAAUGGUCCGUGAUGUAAGCCUAGCAGGGUCUGCUUGACCUGCGUUGAGGUCCGCCCCCCGGGAGGCGCUAUACAACGCCUCAUGCCAUCAUGCCUCAGCCCAACUACUGCUCCACAACCCCAUGGCCCAGAAGGAGCCAGGCGAAACUACUUAGAGGGCUGCUUGGUCCUGAGGCAGACAGACUCAGAAUGAGGGUCUGUUGACUGAAUGUCUGUUCCGUACCAGAGACCAACGCCUCACAGAGCACUGCUGCCGGUAACAUCGUAGCACGGCCACCACUUUUUCAAUUGCGCUGAUGAUGCUAUGAGAGCGACUGCAGACUAUUGAUGCGAUAAUGUCACUAGACAUUAUGAUAAUGUCAAAUGGUCAUCGAGCUGCUGAUCAGUUUUCUAUCAGCACCGAUGACUCACCUCUGUCAAGGCAGCUACAGCUGAAUCCACCUAGGCCCUCCUGUUCUUCUACAGCUGAACCCACCUAGGCCCUCGUGUUCUUCUACAGCUGAACCCACCUAGGCCCUCGUGUUCUUCUACAGCUGAAUCCACCUAGGCCCUCCUGUUCUUCUACAGCUGAACCCACCUAGGCCCUCGUGUUCUUCUACAGCUGAAUCCACCUAGGCCCUCCUGUUCUUCUACAGCUGAACCCACUUAGGCCCUCCUGUUCUUCUACAGCUGAACCCACUUAGGCCCUCCUGUUCUUCUACAGCUGAAUCCACCUAGGCCCUUGUGUUCUUCUACAGCUGAACCCACCUAGGCCCUUGUGUUCUUCUACAGCUGAACCCACUUAGGCCCUCCUGUUCUUCUACAGCUGAACCCACUUAGACCCUCCUGUUCUUCUACAGCUGAAUCCACCUAGGCCCUCCUGUUCUUCUACAGCUGAACCCACCUAGGCCCUCGUGUUCUUCUACAGCUGAAUCCACCUAGGCCCUCCUGUUCUUCUACAGCUGAACCCACUUAGGCCCUCGUGUUCUUCUACAGCUGAACCCACUUAGGCCCUCCUGUUCUUCUACAGCUGAACCCAUCAAAACACUCCUGUUAUUUAGUCUAUGGGAACUUUUGUCUCAUGACACAAACCUGGAAUGUGUUAAGUAUGUUUGUACAUUCUGUAAAAGGAAUGUCGUCGUGCUAACUGACCAGUUAGGAAAACUAUAUGGUUGUGUGUCGGGAACGCCAUCAGCAUUGCCAGUAACUUUUAAGUCACUCAAUUCUUCUGACCACAUUAACAUACUGCAGUCAGUUCAAGUACGAUUUUGGGGAAACACGCCUUCAGUACAAACCCUUCCAUAAUGUAGAAAACAUUGAAUUGAACUAAUACCUUUACUGUUAAUCAGGAUGAGGUUUUGUUUAAAAAAAAAUAAUCUUAGCAGUAUUUUGUAAGCAAUCUUACACUAAGGUGUCCUUUAGUGUCUGUCCUGUUCCUACUCCAGGCAGAUUCACAUGCUAUUGCCCAUGUCUGUAAUAAAGAGAAAUGUAUUUUGGACUGUAGCAGUAUUUAUUGGUUGGUGCAGCAGCAGACAAGGUACUAUGUGAAACACUACACAAUGUGGAUUAGAUAGUUUGCAUAUGAACCUUGGUUAUGAGAGCUUGUAUUGGCUGGACGGCUGACCUAUUUAAAUGACCGGUUGAAGGUCAGAUACGUUAUUGUUGAAUGUUCUUGUUUUUUUAACUGGAAUUGAGCUCAGAAUGAACCUCUAGCUGUUUGUCCAGUUUUAUUCUGAUUUGUAUUUGAGGUUAGACACAGGUUGCGCUAAAAGAGAAUUCACUCUGUCCGGUAUUGUAGCUAAAGACUUAGUGUUUAUCCAGACUGCAGUUACACUGCACAAAGUAUCAAGAAUUACAUUUUCUAUUGGACUGGUUUUAUUGUGAUGAGAGACUGCUGGGAUUUAGUUUAGGUACAUUUCACCUACAGCUCAACACAGGGUCUGUCUGCCCUAACCAAGACCACAUCUGUGCUCAGUUUCUAGAACACUCUGAUAAAAAAACAAACAUGUAGAAUAAGGAAUCACACCUGCUCUUUUUAUUUAUUUUCUGUAAGUGUUGUGUGCUUUUUCUUUACUAUCUUUUCUUUUUAAACCUGCUAGGGUUAUGUGCAAUGACAAUGUUAAAUAUUGAGUCUCUUGUAAUCUUGAAGAUGUCUAAGGAACGCUAAUGCUUCUCUGAUUUUGUAUGAUAAUAAAUUUGACGUUGCUGUGA